GCCACAAGAACUUCCCUAGAACAAUCUAUGAAAUUAUUUUUAGUGAUCAGCGCAGUCUAAAUGCUGCAGUUAUCUCGGCAUCUUCUAGUCGUGACAGCAUCACAAUAGCCUUGUGGGGCGCGCCGCGUGGCGUGUGCGUGUUGCACCACCAGAAUUUAUCCAGAUGAUCGAACUAAAGACGAACUAACAGCAUCUUAUUCGGGCCGGGUGAAGGUAAAAAUAAACCGAACUUGUCGUGGCCUAUGAGGCUGGGGGGAUGAUGGGCAGAUUUUUAUCGCCUUUUAUUUGGCGGUUGUGCCCACUUGCUGACAACCACCACCACAACUUUGAUUGCAUCUGCUCAGGAUGAAGAAAUUAUCGAUUCUGUUUGUUUUCCUGUCGCUGGCUUUGCUAGGAUUGAGUCAUCCUUAUGCGGCUGCGACUCCGGCUCAGCCUGCUGCGAGGACUGCAGAUCUUCCGGCUCCCACAGCUGCGCCAGAGCUGAUCAACUCCGACGACCAAAAGCCAUGGAUUAUCCAGAAGCGAGACUCGUCAGACACAACGACAGAGUCGGAGUCUUCGACGUCGACGACAGAUAGCACAACUUCAGAAACCUCGACAAGCACCUCAGAGACUUCUACCUCCGACACCACAACAUCAGACACUUCCACCACUUCGUCCACGACGUCCACGACAUCCACGAGCUCUACAUCUACAACAACUUCCUCUUCAUCCUCCACCACCUCAUCCUCCAGCUCCUCAACCACAUCGAGCACCUCAACUACCUCCAGCUCAUCCACCACAACCAGCUCAUCCGCCACAGCAACAAGCACCACCAUCGCCGCAGAAGCCGAACGAGACCACAAAGGCACCAUCGCCGCCAUCGCGACCUUCAGCUCCCUCGGCUUCAUCUUCGUAGUCGGCUGCUUGGCCGCCUACUGGCGCAAGAAGGUCAAGGAACGCCGUAUCGCCGAACAACAGGAACUCCUACAAGCCGGGUCAUCCGCAUACUCAAUGGUGCCUUUGAGCGAGGGGGCUGGGAAAUCAACCAGUGAGGUGAAGCUAGAUCGGAUGUCGAUGAUGUUUGCGACAGAGCCUCGGCCAGAAGAGCAACUGGCUUUUAGAGCAAGUAAUCCGAUGCUGGAUCAAUAUCAUCAGCAACAACAGUAUGGAGAUGGAGUGGGAUAUGGACGGCCACUUUCGGGGCCUCCGCAGUUGUAUGACCAGCAUGCUCCUUUGGCGGCAUCGCAAGAGGAUUAUAGGCCAAGUUCGAGUCGAGUAUGAUUGUUGGACAAAAAAUUUGGAUAAUGACUUUGUAUGCUUCGAUAUAGACCAGAACUAGACAUUUAUAUGGCAUCGCAUUAGCAACAAUCGAUUAACACAUGUUUAUACCUACUUUCUGAAACAUUGACAAAAUCAAACGUCUUCUUACAAAGGACUUUAGCUAGGUAUUCUCGUCGACCCAAUUUCC